AUGGAAAAUCUUUAUUGUGACGAAAGUGGGGAAGUCAAAGAGAUUCAUGAUGAGACCGUGAUCGCGACCGUCGUUAAAACAUCCAAAGAAGGAACUGUCAAUAAGACUCAGGAACAGACGCAGCAAACAUUAAGCGAAGAUGAAAAACGGAAGAAAGUCGAAGAAAAGUCAUUCGAUGCCGAGUCUGCGAAAAAGUUGGAAACAUGUAAAGAAAUCGCGAGUGGUUAUUGUGAAUGA